GCCUCCUGUCCCGCUUUAACACACAGCCGCCUAUGGAAAGAUGCCGCGGAAUGUUUGAGUUUUUAGAAUUUUCAAUGAUGCGGUCAGUCUAAACAGUGUCAUAGAAGAGCGAAAAUAAACAAACCAAUGUUUUAAACUGGCUCUUCAAAAUGGCCAACAUAGGCGAGAAGACUUUGCUUGAGUUGGAUGAACUGUUGAAUAUGCCUGAAAGGAACUCUAGUCGACCGCUUGCCUUGCUGGAGGAGAAAACUGCUCAAACUACACGAAAUUCUCCGCAAUACUUGUUUGGCGGUUGUGAUAGGUCAAAAGAUAAUCCCGUCGAUUUGCAGAAGCUUCCGUCGAAGGCAUCUAAUACAGAAGAAGCAGCAAAAAAUUUGAUUGUUGAGACGCAAUCUCAAGCCACAGAAUUAAGAUUGGAUGAACUUGAGAAUAUAUGUCCCUUAAUGUCACCGUCUCCUGCAAGUUUGUCGAAUUUUUUGCCACAAUUAAGCAGCACGCUGGCCGCAGAGAGGCAACUGACGCCUAAGCCGCCACAAUCCCAACUGGCAAAGGAGUCGCCCCCGAGCUUGCAGAGAGCAAUAAACGAAGAUUUUGAGUCUAGUUUUCUAGUAAACAUGAGAAUGGAAAGUCCAUUCAAUUUAGGACCCUCACUGUACGAAAGGAACAUCGCACAACGAUCAUCGAGUCCUACUUCAAGAGUUUGCGAAUUCAUGCGUCCGAAUUCAGCUGCAAGUGUUAGCGCUAAGCAGACAAAUACGGAACAAAUCGAGGAUAUCAUGCGGAAAACACAUUCCCCAAAUAAAUUGAAGAAUUUCACUACCAAGCCAAAUCGGGAUGUGGUGGCCACGAAUAUUGACAGUGUUACUGCGCUGAAACAGUGUCCUCUGACCAGUACAGAAAACAAUGUUUCAACUGAAAAUCUCCGAAUUCAUAAUCAAAGAACGAAUGGAACAAAAGCAGUUCAAAUUGUUGAUUGUGAAUAUGAUGCUCAGGAACAGAUGAGUCGCUAUGAUUUACGCAUGCGCAACGCACCAGGGAUUCUUCAUGUUGAAGACGGUCAGUCGAAACUAACUGAGAGGGAUCAAACUACUCUUGAACAAAAAAUAAAUUCUCAGUUGGCCCGACAGCAGUUACAAGGAAAUUUCAUUAAGAUUCGGCCACUAAGGGUUUCCAUUGCCAAGCUAAGCCAGACGCUACUAAGGGAAACAAUAACAGAGCCGCUUAAAAACAACGAUCCUGUGGAUACCAGAAGUAACGCCGACAAGGAGGUUCAGCAUAAUGAAGGUCAACCAAUGGUUGUAUCCUCAAAUCCCGAACAUCAUCGUUACAGCAGAAUAGAUGCACCAGAUAGAAUCGUUUCUAAAGAGCCGUGUUGCAGUAAAAUAGAAAUUGCACCUGCUCCACCAGCAUCAAAUGCCGCAGACAAUGAGAAUAUUGCAAUUGUGCCGCCGCCGCCGUCUAAUUUAAGAUUCUCUAAAGCAAUGUGCAGGACACAAAGCGUAAAACACAUUGAGCCAACUGAAGAGAAAACUGAAGAACAUUACGAACAGACUCAACAGUGUGGACGUGAUGACAUCUCCAGGAAUUCGGAAACAAUUCAAAAGCUUUGUGAUACCGUUACUAAGUCAAGUCAAUCUAUGUUCGCUCCACCGGAAGUAUCUACUUUACAAAAAACCGAAACUCGGAAAAAGAUUGGCUCGAAAAGUAGGCGCAAUCAGCCACCCAUGUCCGAAGAGCUUCGUGAAUAUUUAACACUGCAGAAAUCCGUUACCAAUCGCCUAAAGUCGAGUUUGCCCAGUUGCGGCAAGCGCAGCUUGUACACUAAAGGCAACUCCGAUAUAGAGGAUAACCUAUCGCAAUCACAGCAAAAUAAACAGCGACCCCUAUCCAAAGUUUCUAGCGACAUAUCUGCGCUGUCCUCAGCAACACAAGGCUUUGCAAAUACAACAAAUAAAUCUGAUGUGGCUCGAUUCAGUAGAAUAAAUAUAGCACCUGUCCCACCAUCGAAAUCCACUGACGUCGAUGAUAUCCUGAUUGUGCCACCGCCCCCGGCUUCAUUAAGGUUUUCCAAGGUUAAGUGCAAGUCACAAAACUUAAACCAAACUAUGUCAAAUAAUCAGGAGAAGCUGGUAAAUAAGCAGUUUCAACACGAAGAGCCGCCAAUUGUGAUUAAACAGAAUGGUAUGCAAUACAACCAAAUUCAAGACAAGGAGAUCCAUGAGAACAUGCAUCUCGAAGCGCAUCAACAUCGAAAUAUUCAACACGAAGAGUUCCAGCAUCAGGCGAUGCCGGCAAAUUUCCAAAAUAAUUUGGAACACAGCAGUUUGAAAAUGGAAACCUUACGUAUGGAUACUCCAUCACCAACGAUGUCAUCGACCAGUCAGCAGAGUCUACUAAAUGAACAGCCAAGCAAAAGCAAAGUUCCAAGCGAAGCCCUCGAUUUACCUAUGAGCAGAUCGAAGUUGAAAAAUAAUAAGCAGAAUGCACAUAAACCAGCUACGAUUAGUCAGCAGAAUCUCCUAAAUGAGCAGCCGAGCACAAGCAAAGCUGCACGUGAAGCUCUCGAGUUGUUUCUGAACAGAUCGAAGUCGAAAAAUAAUAAGCAGGAUGCACAAAAACCGGACGCAAUUAUUCAGCAGAGCCUACUAAAUGAGCCGCCGAGCAAAAGCAAAGUUGCAAGCGAAGGCCUGGAGUUGCCUCAGCAGAGUCUCCUAGAUGAACAGCCGAGCAGAAGCAAUGCUACACGCGAAGCUCUCGAGUUGUCUCUGAACAGAUCGCAGUCUAGAAAUAAGCAGGAUGCUCAUAACUCGGAAAAAAAAGCUACGAAAAAACGUCUGAAGCAAUCACCAUUGACAUCGGAGCCACAGCAAUCUAAGCUAAAAAAACCAAAAAAUAAGGAGAGACAGAGACUAGAGGACAGUGAGACGUAUCCGCUAAAUGAGAAACAUUUUGCAAGUGGUAUUCGUAAAUCAGAGCGUGGUCACGUCCCGCUUUGCAAUACUUUUUCUCAUACUUUAGAUGAUCCCUUUGCUUUUAUGCGUUCCCCUGAUAAAAAAUCUACCAACAACUCAAAUACAUCGUCAAAAAAAAAAUUGAGCAGCAAUUCAAACGUUAUUACUUCGAAUGGUGACAAUACGCGUAAGCGUAAGCGUUAUCCACAUGAAGACGAUGAUGCUCAGGGAAAUAGUCCUAACAAGAAUGUACGGAAAAGAAAGAUGACGUCAGUGAACAUAGAGUCAACGGCAGAUAAGCUUUUGCAUACACAAGCCGAGAAACCCGAGAGAAAUUUUCAAAUUAUGGCUGAAUGUCGUUCUCAGAGUGUCUCGACAUUGGAUAAUUUGGAACAUUCGAAUUUAAAUGGCAUUGAGUGUGCUUCUUACCCCUCAGAAAUUGGCUGUAGCCUCAGUUAUAUUAAAUUUCAACCAUUUCAAAAGUGGGGCAUGGCUGCAACCAAUUCAACUUUGAAUUUUAUUGUGCUUUCUGGUAUGUUUGAAAUUAAGAAUUGGCAGGAAAGUUCGAAGUUGGAAAGUGCCAUUUUAAAUAAUGGUGACAAAGUAGAGAUUCCACAAGGCUGCUAUUUCAUCUUGACAAACUUGUUAAAUAAAGUCAGUGUUAUGUUAUUUAAACGGAUACUAACUGAUAAUAAUACGUUAAGUUAAGUAGUGCAAGUGCUAAGAUUGAAGUAAGAAUGUUUGAUAUGUAUAUGCGAACAUUUGUUUUUGUUUACGUUAUGAAGUAUUACAAAUUUUUUGUUUAUUAUUUAAAACAAUAACCAUAGCUAGGAUGCUAUAAAAA